GAAGUGGAUGUCGAUAAUGGCAGGAACUUGAUGGUGUGGUUUGCUCGUGUCCGGCUUGAGCCAGGGGAAAGGUAUUUCGAGACUGGUAUGUCCCAGAAUGACAAUACAAACAAACAACGCUAAAAUAAGGCCUGUAAUAAAUCGAACCUUUCGACGUGUUUGCUUUCAUAUGGAACUAAAACAAUAUUGCGGGCAACAAGCUUUAAAUGUUCAUUAAUUUUCAUUGUCGGUGAUAAAGCACAGAAGACCUCGUUUAACAAGUCCAUGAACUCUUCGAAAAGAGGAUGGCGGGUGUUUCAGAUUUUGCCAACACAAAUACACCAGAAAAGGCGUGCAUUACUGUUCCUUGUGGGCACAUUCUUAUUGCAACUAAAUGGCGAAAUACUUUGAUAUCAAAUUCACUUCAAGGUAUUAAGCCUGUGUAUGAGGACAAUCUAGGGUAUCUAGACUUUCAGACAGGUCAUCACAUGGGCGUGGUGUAUGCCACUGAGGCUGAUCUCGUCGCCCAAGCUGGCCUGCGGCGUAAACUGGCAAAAUUACGCAAGGCAAACAAUGUGCAAAUUUUAGUGCUAGCAGAAAAGACAACCUCUACAGCACAGUAUUAUCAGCAGCUGCAGAAGUUUGUCAUGCUGGAGCUCGGUUUUUCAAUGUUACCUGUUCCUGGACAGGCAGAGGCUGCAGGAGUCCUCUCACAGAUGGUUUUAACAGAGAGCAAAAUGGAGAGCAAUCCAUUCUUAAAGAAGCGUAGACCCCCCAACCUGGAUGAGGCCCUGCUAACAACAGUGCAGAGUGUUCCAAAACUAGGGGCCGUAAAGGCUCGUAAACUUCUAGAACAUUUCAAAAGUUUAAAGGCAAUAAACGAAGCUUCAGUCCAUGAGCUGUCUCAAAUUAUUGGCAAAGCUGGUGCGCAAAAUGUGAGAGACUUCUUUGACUUUCCUACUAAUGGUACAUCCUGACAUAUGAAACUCGGAUCACAGAACAAUCUAGUGUCUUCUGUGUUAAUUGCUGAUGAAAAUUGUGCAUUCACAGUGGAGGGGAGAUUAUGUCAGACGGAAUGGUUGAAUUGAAGAAACAGGAAAAACCAGACAUAAUUGGGUAGAUGUGAAUUCAUCAUUCCAAGUGUUCAUGGACUUGUCAUGCUCUGUAAUUAUUGUAUCUAUAGUAACCUCUCAAAGGGCGUCUUACCUUCUUUAAGUAUUGAAGAGCAUGCAACUUUCACUCGUAAAAUUUCAAGAGUUAUGUUGGACAUGUGGGUAAUUGUGAUAGCAAGAUACUUAUUUCAGUAAAUCUUUAAAAGGCACUAUAUCAACAUUAUGAAAACAUCCUUUCAUUUGUAUAAAUAAUUGUUUUUAUAAAUUUGGAGGGUUUUAUGUAUGUUUGCAUCUACAUCAGUGCUACAAAUGAAAGAACUGUUUCAUUUGCCUAAUUAGUUUUGUUUUGUGUGUCAAAUAACCUUUCCAAUAUGAGCUUUUGUUAUCGAUAUUUGAAAUAACAAAUGUACUUGCAUUAUUAAUUAGGCUAUUGUUUUCAUAAGGAAGUGUAUAGACAGGUAAUCUUGCAUGUAUAGACAAGCUAUCUUCUCAAGAUAUCUGAAUGUUGAACAUUGUUCUUGAUGAAAGUGUCUGGUACUGUUAGUUAGGUUAUCAAAGAUAAUGUUAACAAGCUUCCAUAAAUAUGGUAAACAUUGCUGCACAUGUAUAUUGUUAACCGUACUUUAAAAAAAAUGAACAUACCUUUUGUUAUACUUGGUAACUAAAAUUAAAAUAUAAAAAAGUA